AUGGAGUCGGGGGUCAAUUUGGUCAACUUGGUCAACUUGGUCAACCAAGAGCUACUCCAAGAUGCACUCUAUGGCAUCGCCCGGAACAAGAUCUACGCCUUGGUCGCGGCUCUCAAUCCGCUGCGGACCAGGUCCAGCCUCGGCUGCUUCAUCAACAUCCUGGCGGCUGCCACGGCCGCGCACGUUCUCUCCACGCCAGGGAAGGAGGUCCUGGACUAUUUCCUGGUCCCGCACGGCAAGAGGCAGCCACUGCUAGAGUUCCUGCAGCCGGCAAGGUGGUUUCGGGACGGUGCCCAGCACGCGCUCCUUGUUGGCCUGAGCCUGGCUGUGGGGGCCCUGGCGACGCUGCAGGUGGAGAAGCUGGGCACCUUCCUAGCACGUCAGCUCUGGCGGCGACCCCGUGGCCUGCUGGCUGCCGGGAUGGUGCUGGUGCUAUGCCGGCUGCGCCUGCACAGCCUGCACAGCCUGCGCAUGGCCCUGCUGAAGUCUGGAACUCUCGAGAGCUCAGGGCUUCCGGCGCUGCUUCUGAGCAGGGCGGAGGCGCGCGCCGAGGAGAAGGCGGUUCCUGCAGAGGAGGUCUCGGCAGAGCCUAGUACGCAGAGCGACGCCGAGCCAACGUUCCCGGCGCCUGCUGGCGAGCUGGAGGAGGUUCCUGCAGAAGUUCCGGCAGAGCCUAGUACGCAGAGCGACGCCGAGCCAACGUUCCCGGCGCCUGCUGGCGAGCUGGAGGAGGUUCCUGCAGAAGUUCCGGCAGAGCCUAGUACGCAGAGCGACGCCGAGCCAACGUUCCCGGCGCCUGCUGGCGAGCUGGAGGAGGUUCCUGCAGAAGUUCCGGCAGAGCCUAGUACGCAGAGCAACGCCGAGCCAACGUCCCCGGCUGCUGACAAGCUGGAGGUUCAGAGCGCUCCACCCCUCGAGAUUCCGCUGGAGACGGUGGAUCUCGCUGUACUUCUCCAUGGUGCUGUCCCAGCCUUCAAGCAUGCCCGUGACACCUCACUCGGAGGGACACGCAAGCGUGCCACUCGCCAGCAACUUCCCGCUAUCGACGCCGACGACGCCGACGGCGCCCACGUCUACCGCUCCAGGGCCGGCCUCAGCUACAGCAGCGCUGUUCCCGUCCGAGGCACUCUUUACCUGUACAGCCAGCAAGUGCAACGGUGCAGUGGCCCAGCCCUCCCCGUCCGCCUCGCCUCCAACGGAAACGCGGACAUUUCUCGCCCGCAGACUCCAGCUGGCAGAGUUGGGACAGCCGUCCACCCGCCGCACAUGUCGCACGUGCAGGUGAUGCACGCUCAGGUGCGAAGCGUGCCGAUGGCACCAGUCUACAGGCCGGAUGGAGCCGACCCCAGCAACGGGUGCUCCACUGUCGCAGUCGUGGGGUGUGUCGACGAUGCAGAGGUCACGCUCCCGGAGUCCCUCAAGGCCCCUCUGCCUGGGGCACUGGCCGCUGGCCUCUCGGGUGAGGCAUUGGAAGAGCUUGUAGCUCGCUUGGCAACCAUCACCGACACACUGCAGGUGGCCGCUGAGAAUGAAGGCCGCGGCCUGAGCAACGAGGCCAAUCAGUGUCAGGCUCUGGAGUUUAUCUGA